UUACAGAAGGGGGCGUGGCUUCAGCACUGUUCCUUUUGGAUUUGUCUGCUGCGAAACAUUAACACCUGAAGCAUCAACGUUGGUCACAGCAGCUCUCUACUCUUCUCCAAGAUGCUGAGGUGGGUUGUGACCUGUUUCGUGGCUCUUCUCGUGUGUGGGGUCUGGGCUGACGAGUGUCCAAGUGGUGGUCACUGUGGAGAGGGUCAAACCUGCUGCAAACACCCAACCAACGGAUACGAGUGCUGCCCUUUUGAUAAGGCUGAAUGUUGCGGAGAUCACGUGCACUGCUGUCCCACUGGAAUGACGUGUGAAAAGGACCAGUCCAAAUGUGUGAACGCCUCUCUGUCUGUGCCGUGGGCUGAAAGGACUUCUACCUGGCAACCUGGACUUUCCAAUUCUUUCAGAAUGAUCAAGUCGUACAUCGGAGAGGAUGCUGACAACAUCUGUCCUGACCAAUCACGGUGCCCUGCUGAGUUUUCCUGUCUGAGGGCUUUGACGAAAUAUGCGUGCUGUCCACUGGCUCAGGGAAUUCCCUGCUCCGAUGGAAAGCACUGCUGUCCUGAGGGUCAUAGCUGCAGUGAAGACAGCCGCUCCUGUAUCAAGAAAGCUGAGUCCCCUGCCGUCCUGUGCAGUGAUGGAGUCUCUGAGUGUCCGGCUGAGUCCAGCUGCUGUGAGGGGUCUGACGGAGAGUUUGGCUGCUGCCCCAUGACUCGGGCUGUGUGCUGUGAUGACAAGACCCACUGCUGCCCAGAAGGAAGCCUGUGCGAUCUCCAAAACUCAAAGUGCGUAUCCGUGACAACCAAAAAGGAGCUGCCUAUGUGGGCCAAGUUCCCAGCCCGGAGAAGAGCCGAGUGGGAGAACCAGAAAGAAGAGCAGCAUGUGAAUUCAGAGACUUCAGCUGACAAAAAGCAGGACAAAUUUGACUUUCUGAACACAGUGAGUGCGGUGAGCCGGGGAAACCCAGCUUGUAAUGUUUCAUGUGAUUCUCAGUCCUUUUGCCACGAUCAAAACACCUGCUGCUCAGACGGACAUGGUGGAUGGAACUGCUGUCCAGUUCCCAAUGCGGUGUGCUGUGGAAAUCAUUAUCACUGCUGUCCUCCUGGGUACAAAUGUGACCUGGGCCAUGUCCGGUGUCUGAGCGACACAGGCUCCACUCCACUCCUGAAACCCCAACAAACCUGCACCCCCUCCCCAGGCCCCAACUCCGCCCCUCAAGUGGAGAGCCAAACCACUGCACCAGGGCAGGGAGAGCAGGCAGAGAGCAAGGAAGAGGAGGAUGAUGAAGAGGAGGAGGAGGAGGAAGAAGAAGAUGAUGAAGAGGGGAGAGAGCACUGUAGCAAACGCCACGCCUGCCCCAGAAACUCCACCUGUUGUCGCUUGGGUCACCGCCGAUGGGGCUGCUGUCCACUGCCCAAGGCUGUUUGCUGCCGUGAUGGAAAACACUGCUGUCCUCACCAUUACCUGUGUCACCACGUCAACAAAUCUUGUGCCAAAAACGGAGUGGAGAUCCCCUGGUACACCAAGCUGCCCACCAUAACCAAACCAGCAUCACCGGUCACAGAUAAAGUUUCCAGUCUGAAGGUGGAGGUCUCUAAUACGACGUGUGAUAAAAGCUUUGCCUGUGAUGAUGACGCCACCUGCUGCUCAGACGGAAAGGGAAGCUGGCUCUGCUGUCCUGCUCCAAAAGCGGUGUGCUGUGAUGAUCAUAUGCACUGUUGUCCACACGGGACCACCUGUGAUCUAAAAGAGCAGAUGUGUGUGAGCGACUCAGACUCAACUGUACCAACUACACCCAUGGCCCCCACUACUACGGCUGCUCCCUUCCCUAUUUCCACUACAGAGCCCGUCUGGACCACCCAACCAAGCCAAAUUGAGGAGGACGAGAUUUUCAGUCUGAAGGAGGAGGUCUCUAAUGUGACGUGUGAUAAAACCUCUUACUGUCCUGAUGACACCACCUGCUGCUUGAACGUAGAGGGAAGCUGGAGCUGCUGUCCCAUUCCAGAAGCGGUGUGCUGUGAGGAUCAUAUACACUGUUGUCCACACGGGACCACCUGUGAUCUAAAAGAGCAGAUGUGUGUGAGCGACUCAGACUCAACUGUACCAACUACACCCAUGGCCCCCACAACUACGGCUGCUCCCUUCCCUAUUUCCACUACAGAGCCCGUCUGGACCACCCAACCAAGCCAAACCGAGGAGGACGAGAGUGAGGAAGAGGAGGAGAAGGAGGAGCAGUGUGAUGAUGAAGAUAUGGUUAGCUGUGAUCACAAAACUAAAUGCCCCAGAUGCUCCACCUGCUGCCGCCUAGGCCAUGGCUGGGGCUGCUGUCCAGUGCCACAUGCUGUGUGCUGCUCCGAUGGGACUCACUGCUGCCCUGCUCAUCACAAAUGUAGUCAGUCUCAUAAGGCCUGUGUCCGGGAUGAUGACGUGGUGAUCCCCUGGUACACGAAGCUCCCAGCCCUGUCCAGCCCGGAGAAGGACUCAAAUCAAUCAAACUCAAAUGAUGUGGAGUGCAAAGAUAAACGUUUAUGUCAUGACCACGAAACCUGCUGUCAGCUCGCCUCAGGCCAGUACGGCUGCUGCCCCUUAGAGGAUGCUGUGUGCUGCGAUGAUAAGGAGCACUGUCCUCAUGGCUCCACCUGUGACCCCGAAGGGUGUCUGAGCUCUGUGUUUGCGAAGGUGCAGAAGGUUCCUCUGACUUUGCCCAAAUCUGAGCCAGAUGAGAAAAGUUAUGUCAUGUGUGGGCAGACUGCAUGCCCCAAGGGCUUCAAGUGCUGUGGGAACAACUACUGCUGCCCUUUUUUAAAUGGCGUGUGUUGCAAAAACAGCUGUUGUCCUUUUGGUCAAAUCUGCACUGAGCAUGGAGAGUGCAGCUUCGAGAGCUUCAGGUCCUGGGUGAACUGGCUGUUCUCCCACAGCGAUGAGAAGAAACCAUUCAUAUUAUAAAAAAAACACUUAAAAACAGCACUAAAGUCAAUAUUUUUAACUUUUUUUCUGAUAAUUUUCUGCUUAAUUAUUUUCUAGUGAACUUAAUCAAGACAGUAACACUUUAUAAUAAUUACACCGUAAUUAGCCUUGUUAAUAAAGCAUGAAGAAAGCCUUAAUUAAUUAUGAAAAAAUGUUUAUUAAGAACAUUCAAACUUGCGAACUUCAGAAAUUGCUUAAAAGUGCACUGCGUAGCCUUUCUGGUAGAGCGUUCACCAGAUGCUUUACUCCAUGUACUUUUUUUCCUGAAAUGUUCCACAGUAUGGCAUUCAAUAUAACUAUCUCCGUGGAGACAAGCAGGUCACAUCACCAGGCCAAGUUACAGAUCAGAUCUGUGGAGAUCUCCUCACAGUAAUAAUGCAUGUUUUUGUGGUAGUUUUGAGAAAUAAAAACUCCUAUAAUUAAAUAAAUACUAGAUACUUUUGUUUAAUGCCUUACUGUGGAAAAUCUCAAGUAAAGCAAUAACAUCACCAUGGAGUCAGGCAGAUGGCACACACACACACACACUCUCCACCAGUUACACAAAGUUACACAGUGUACCUUUAAUUACUACCCUCCAUACCCCUUUAAUAGUCAGUUGUCACAUUUUUAUAUAGCACUUUUCCACCUCAAAGUAUCACACCAGUAUACACAGACACUGGGGUUAAGGUGGGUUAAGUGUCUUGCUCAAGGACACAACGGCAAUAAUCAUCUGUGGGAGCUGAAAUCACUCCACCAAUUAGAGGAUCAAAUCAGACGACAAACACUGUAACCGAGCUACUGCCAUUUGCAGUAGUUACUAACCUUGAAUCAUUCUUAAUAAACUAUUUUAGAUAUUAUAAAGGCUGUAAAUAGUGCUGUUAUUAAAGUGUUACUAAAGGCAAGAAGAAUUCAACAUUUUAAACCAGUAAUUCCCAAAUGUUUGCUGUCAAUUAUCAACCAAUUUUUUGUUCCAUCUCAGUGAAUCAUAUUUUCUAAUCAAGUUCAGCAGUUAUUUUCAUGUAAAUCAAUAAAGGUGGAAAGUACUUUGUG